AUGGUUCAUCCUCUCCGCCGCUCCGUGACCACAAGCCCGCUGCGCGAGGCGUCAUUUUCCAGGUUUGAAGCACCCGCUUUCUCAGUUUUCCGUGAAUCUGUGUGCGCGUGGGUCUGUGCCCCAGCAUUGGGAUCAUGGUCGCUGUUGCGGAUGGACAGGUCCCCUCGUUCUACGGCCGAUCCCAUCAUCUCCUGGUUAGCGUCCAUAGACGAUGCGUUCGAAGAAUUCCGACGGAGACCCGAGGGAGACGGCGUGGCGUCUGAGAAUUACGUGAGACUCCUGGAGAGCUGCGUGAGGAAAUUCAUCGAUGCGCGGAGAUACCGAGACGACAUCAGAUUCAUCAAAAUUCUGGUCCUUUAUGUAUGUACGGGAUGCAAUACGCUUGGAUUUCCGAAUUUUUGGCUCUCUCUGCGGUUAAUUUCUAAUUGUUCUAUGUUUCACGGGAGUGAAGGGAGAUGCCAUCCAGGACUUUAAAAUGGUUUUCGAGCUGAUGGAGGAGAAGGGAGUCGGGCUCAGAUGCUCGUUAAUGUACGAGGCGUACGCGAUCUUUCUCGCGUCUGCGGGACAGAUGAUGGAGGCGAACAACAUUUAUCAGCUCGGUAUUGACAGGUUCUAAUUGCUCCUUUUGCUGUCAUCUUUUGCAGUUCCCUCUUCUUUCUUCACUCCUGUGGAUUUCACUCUGGGCUUCGAUCUUACAGUUACUUUGAUUGUGGUUUUUAUGUUAGGAAUACGGAGCCCAUUGGAAGGCUGAAGAAAAUUCAUGCUUUGUUCCUCAACCACGUGACCUCAAUUGAAGAACAUCCUCAAAAAUACCAGGUGCGCCUGCAAGGAAGCUUAGUUAUCGUGCUGUAGUUUAGCCUUUACAUUCAUCUGCCUGUCAAUUCAUUUUCAGUGAAGAAAACGUUAGUUUCUUAUGGCCACAUCGUGACUACUUUUGACUGGGAACAUACUAUGGUUACUUUAGUUCUUCUAAUGGUUGAUAUGUUAAUGUAAGGGAUCCCAAGGGGUGACAGGCUUCGCCGUUUUAUGAUAUUGCCUUGUUUACCCCACUUGACAUUCUAAGAAACCAAAAACAGUUCUGGCUAAUUGGAAGUUGUGAAGACAAAGCAAAGGAAUAUAACUUGUGCUAAAUUAUGCAUUCUGGUUGAAGGAUUUUUUUUCGCAAUUCGUAAAGUGGAUUGCUGUCAAAUUUGUGAAAGUAAACCAUCAGUGAAAUCUGCACUUUCAUAUUUACCCAGGCUAUAUGCAAAAUCAAGGUGAAUCCUUUAGGUUUGCCUCGGUGUAACAUCAACCUAAUCCGUCCAAAAAAUAAUUUAUUUUUAUCUACCAAUUGAUAUCCUUGGUGUUCUUUCUAACAAAGGCUUCAUUUAUGAAUUAGCACUCUAGAAUGGAUCUUAAAGUACAGCCUCCGGAAUAUGCGUACUUUAUCUGUCUUCACUACAAUAGUUAUUAACUUAAGACCACAUUAUUCAAUCUUUUUACUUAGACAAACGGUUUUAUUGCUUUUGCGAGAGUGCUAAAUCACUAAGGUGUUGAGAGCUGUGCAAUGAACUUCAUGUUUCGUUCAUUUCGCUUGAUUUUAGAGAAAGUUAUGUUCUGAGUUGAUUACAUAUAUUACGAAGUUGAGCUCAAAGAAGAGAUAAAUCUUAAUGUUGUUCAGUAUUAAGCUUUGCCCUAUUUUUGAUAAUUUAUCUUAAGUUGAUAUUUGUUCUCUAUAUGACUAUUCCACUCCUUAGAACGUUGUUUAAGAAUGUGUCGUUCAUUAGUUUGCCAAUGUUUUGUCAUAAUGAAUACGGUUUCUUACAGGAUGCUCAAGACAACAAACAAGACCAUCAUGGUGACAAGGUGAGGAAUGUGAACGCCUUUUAUUCUGUUCGCCCAACCAUCCAAAUGUGCUCCAUCCUACCGCUUCUUGUUGCUUUGGCAAUACCUACCUCACAGUUCGAAAACUAUAUUAGUAAUAAUUAUGGUUAAGGAUUUAUCAUUUAGUUUAAACUAUAUUCGUAAAUAUUAGUACUAGAGAGAUCCAUCUUGUACAUGCUUGAGGAUUUAUCAUUUAGUUUAAACCGUAACAAUCUAACGAAAGGAAAAAUAUAGUCCCUUUCCUGGAAAAUGGGAAAAAAAGGAAACUGUGCUUCUGGAAAAUGGACGAUAUUAUUUGAUUUUUCAUUUUAUAUAACUCAGAGAAAUACAGCUGCGGCCACUUUUACUGCACAUGCCUGGAAUCAGUCCAUUGUCCUGAUACCCUACAGAAACUUUAGAUAUUUCCCCUACUAAGAUUGCAAGAAUGUCUAUGGCGGUUAUUCUUACGGUUCUUGAUUAGUUAGAUCAGUAUCAGAGGAGUCAAAUCAUUGGCCUUGAUAUUGAUCUACAUAUUCUUUUUCUGACUUUUAUUUUGCAGAAACAUGCUUUUGUAAACCCAUGGUCAGCGUCCACCAUCAAUGAUCUUUUGAAGAAGAUAAAUCAUCAUAUUGCAAAACAUAAUGUGAGAAUAUUUUGGUUUUAAUGUUUUUGCCAGUAUGAUAUUUUAAGCGUCAUCUUAUGCCUUAUUUUAUUUCGUUGGUCUUUCUAGGGUUAUUGCAAGAGUUCUAAGGCUUACCAAGGGAAAGUAAAGCUGUCAUCCUUACAGAACUCUUCAAGAAAUAAAAUCAUUGAUCUUGGUAAGACUAUCCAAACUUUGAAAUUUAUGUUCAUGUAUCUUAAGAACAUGCUUCUUUUCUGCAGCUGGUGUAGAAUUCUUCUAAGACCUGAUAUUUUCAAUGAUUAACAUGUUUCAAACAUAUGUCCCGAUCCGAGUUAUUAAAUUACAUAUGUGUUUUGCAUUUCAUUCCUUAAAAAUGGUGUAUAUAAUUAUCAAUUUAUACCAUAUGCAUGAACAUUUAGCUUCUUUGAAAAUUGAAUUGCUUAUUCUUGAAAUUUUAAUAUAUCUUAUACCAUAGGCUAAAGAUACUGCAAACAGUAAACAUAUUCUAAGUAAUUUUAAAAGUUAUUUCGUUGACUUCUAUGCAUUUCUUUUUUUUCUAGUUGAGUGCUGUAUAAAAACUUAAUACAACUUUUGGAGGUUGAUGUUCGUGGUGACUAUGUGAAUAGGGAUGUGGUCGUUAAAAAUGGUGCCUUGGGAAAAGAAUUAGUGAGGGAGGGUGAGGAUGUAUUCUUUGGUUAAUCAGAGAGAAUAGGAUAUCAUAGUAGAUACCAAUGACAUGGAAAUAUAGUGGAACAAUCCUGUUGGAAUGAAGGAAUCUUACUGUUAGCCAUGCAAUGCUUCUUGAUAGUCUUUAGGUGUCUGUCUAUAUAUAUUUGUUUUCGUUUCUUAAAUUUUUAUUACGUCCAUGGGUGUAACAUAUUCUCUACCCGGAUAAGGGCUACUGCAUUUAGGCAAGACAUGCUGUAAUUCGCACGAUGUUUUAAUCUUGAACUACAAACUUUUGUUGAUGUCUGUGGCUGGGUUAGAGAUGUGGUGCAAUUUAUAUUUAGAGGAACUUCAACAGUAUUAUCUCAGAACUACCAUUCUUUUUCUCAUGAAAUCAAACUUUAUUACACACUUUGUUAACAUGGUAUAUGAUGAUAUGGUAGUUGCAGAGAAACAGGAUAAUAUGUGAAAUGACAAAAUAGGAAUGCCUGUUCGAAUUUUUUAAGAGUAAGUUGAAAGUAGAUGUUGAUGUUGGAAGAGAAAUAAGCGCAGAGAUGGCAUGUUUUUUUCAUAAAUCUUUGGAAAGAAGUACUUAUUUAUCUCUAUCAGAAGUCUGGCAUCUUCACCAUGGGGCAUCACUUCAUAUAGAAGUUUCUUCUUUACGAAUUUCACUCGAUUUUCAUCUCACUCUAUUCACCUUUAUUCUUUAGGCACACCCUGUUGAUUUUAUAAGAUAGAUCAAUGGCACUACAUCCGGUAAAUUGAUAUAUAAUUUCAUGGUUACAUUGGUUCCCUAGCAGUCAUUUCUCCUGGCAUAAUAUAUAUCCAAUAACGAGAAGAAGAAAUUUUAUGAAUCCCUUGGGAUGAUUGUCGUUGUGCUUAUAGCAUUCCAUCAGAGUAGCUUAAAAAAUAUAUGGAUUAUUUCCGCAAUACCUAUUGGAUAUGACAAUUUUUAAAAAAAUCAUUAUGUUCUGAGAUAGGGGCUUUCAUGCAACUGUUUAUAAAACUCGUAAUAAAAAAUGAUUUUUUCUAUGCUUGUAGUAAUCCUUUGUAUUUUAAUAUAUGAAGGCGGGAAGAAAUAUCAGAUCAAAGGCUGCUCAGGUCAGGGAGGCUUUGCUCAAGUGUUCAAAGCUUAUGUAGACAACAAUCCUGAGAUUGUUGUUGCACUAAAGGUUUCUGUUACCUCUACAUGCAGAUAUAUACUAAUGGCGGACCAAGAUUUGUCAUGGUGAAUCACUACUUUUUUUUUCAUUUUUGCAGAUACAGAAACCUGCUUUUCCUUGGGAAUUCUAUAUGUACCGACAGCUUGACAUGCGUAUACCAGAUAAUGAAGUAUGCCAUUUUCUUUUCCACAUGAUCUACGAUUUUGAGUCAAAAUAUUUUGAUUGCUCAUGAUGAUUGAGUUUUAUUCAGAGAUCAAGCUUUGGAGUCGCUCAUGGUAUUUAUCUUUAUUCUGACUGGAGUGUGCUUGUUACUGACUACUUGUCUCAUGGAACACUUCAGGUAAAAUUAAGAUGGACUCCGUCAUAUUGUUCCAACUAUAGUACUUCGUGAGGAAGCUUCUACAUAUAUGACAGAAAACUCCCUAUGAUUUUGCGUUAUUCAUUUCAUUUUUCUUUUCAGGAUGCUAUAAAUUCUUAUCUAGUAAUGCAGAAGCACAUGGAAGAAGUACUCUGCAUUUUCUACACGAUAGAGAUGCUGCGCAUACUGGAAACGCUGCAUUCUGUUGGUAUCAUUCAUGGUGACUUCAAGCCAGAUAAUUUGCUAAUUCGCUAUGUCAGGUAUAGAUAUUCGUGUGCCUGUAUUACGGCUUUCUGAUCUUCAAAACAUAUUAAAUGGUCGAUUAAACUCUAAUCGGAGAAGCUAGCUGGUCUUUGGAAGGAACUCGUAUGUAGAGGAUUCAUAAUAAUCUGAUCCUGUCAAGGAUAGAAGGUCAUUUCCUCAAAACGCAUGAAGAGCUCCUGGCUACCAGAGCAGAAAUUUUCUUACCUUGGUUUUCCAGUCAAAGCAACGUUAUAUCAGUGUUGUUUCCCUCAAUAUGAAUCUGCUCAGAUGGUGGAUCUCUGCCAAACUAUGUGUGCUACAACUUACAUUCAUCUAUGAAGUGAAAAGUAACCACAAUAUGUAGCUUGAACUGUAGAAACUAUCAUUUACAUUUAAAUGGUAAAAUUCUUUUGGAGAACCGGUACGUUUUGGUUGAACCAAUGAACGUUUCACAAAUUUCUCUGCUUUCUCAGUUUCACCAGUACUUUUUAUGCUCUAAAAUUGCCAGCCUUGAAAAGAUAGCCAUGAACAGUGGUUAGUUAUUUUUCCUCAUUCCCCAUUGAGUGACAUUAUGCUACACGUUGACUUAAGAAGUCGUCAAUGUUGCACUUCUUCCAUACAGUGCUUUUGAUUACGAUUUAGUAAUUCUGGAUUUUUCUCUGGUCUCUAUGUUUUGUCAAGGUUCCAGCCGUUAAGUUAUGAUCUCAGAACAACGGGUUUAUGGGAAUAUAGUGCAUAAAAUCCAAACCCUUAAAAACCGGAAUAGGCAAAGUUAUUCUCAUAUACCUAAUGUAUUCUUUGUGGGGACCAUAAUGUUGCCACUGUCUCAUCCAUUCCCAAUUAUCUUGACAUUACCUGAUCUUAUGAAAUUUGGGUUUUCAUCUGUAAGUUGGUAUGCCACACGUAAAUUAAGCUACAAAUAUCCCACUGCAAGUGUUUCUGCUGGUGCGAAUUCGAUCUUCACAGGUGCAAACUAUGAAGUACCAAUGAUCCUUUUCCAUUGAUUGUUCAUGUCUCCUGGUUAGUGUUUAAUGUUCCUGGUUUGCCAGUGACUUAGUUUUUUGCAUAGAUAGGUUUAUGUUUCCUAUUCGUGCAUAUGAUACCGUGCUUAGUAAUUUCUGCCCCUUGUGCACAAACAGACAGGGAAUAUGAGCAUGACAUAUAUGCAUCUAAGAGGGUAAUGCCAUUACCUGGUGAUCAGGUAUGUAGAACUGUAGUUACAGCAUUCUCGAGAUUUUCAAUGAGUGUGAUAGUUGAUAUAGCCAUGAUUGGUUACUCAAGAACAAGUCGACAAUACCACUUAAAAGAGAACAUGCGCUAUCUAUUCGAGAGCAGAAAUACCUAAAGAAAUUCUUCUAUGUGCUAAGUGGCUGCCUCUGAAGUUCUGAAAGUUUCCUCAUACAUGCCUUUGAAGAUCAGAAUGUUACUCUUGGUGUAGCUUGGAAGUCAAUGCCUAGUAUCUCUAUCAAGCAGUUUUCGACCAAAAUCCUUGUUUCCAUGCGGAGAAAAGUUUCCUCACACACGAUGGCAAACUUUUCAGCAUGGUCACAUGCAGCAAGGCUGGAGUAAUAAGGGAAGGAGGUCUGUAUAUAAGGGAAUACACGCUUGUCUUCCAUGUUGAUAGAAUAUCAAAAGUGGAAAGUGGAAAGUGUCCAACGAAGCUUAAAUCCUUCUUUGUAAUCUGCACUCAUCAAUAGAUUCUAGUUGCCUGCUAACAGCAUGCAGGCUCUCUAUUAAGAAGUGUAGAAAGGGUAAGACUUGUUGUUCGGAAAGGGGAAAAAUGUAAGAAUAUUAAUGUAAUCAGAUGAGCAUAUUGAAUAGAUGACUGUUAAAAGAGGCUAUGGCUAUAAAUGUUGUGGUGACUCAGAUACAUCUUAUUUUUCUCCUAGUACUUUGUAGCUGUUGCAGACCCCCCUUUGAAUGACUUGGUCUGCAACAACUAAUAUUUGAAAAUGUGAACCAUAGCUAUAGGACAUCUCUAAUAUUUGCGCUUGCAAGAAAUGUAAUUGAUGAGUUGUCUUCAUAAUAAGUGGAAGUCUGUGGAUGAUAUUAGUGUGCAUUUCUUUGUUCGUGUGGACCUUAAAAUUUAAUAUGAUUGGGACUAUGAUCGAAUAUCAUAAAUGUAUUAUCUUCCUACUUCUAGAAGUGUUUAAAUAGAACGUCUAAUAUUAUAUUCCAGAUGGGGAGUUGCUUUGCCCGCGGACAUUCCUUCUAUACUUUUCCUCAUUACAUAAUUUAUCUUGUAGAUCAUGAGUUUACAAUUUUUUAUUUAUUUUCAGAAGUGAUGAGCUCACUGAUGAUGGAUUUCAAUGCAGAACGGGAUCUUGGCGUGGUCAGGUAAUAUUAAGUUAAUACUUGGGACUUGUAGACGUUUUUACUGGUCUCUUAACCAACAGUGUAUGUCUCUUCUAUGUAGGGUCUUUGUCUUGUGGACUGGGGAAGGGGCAUAGACUUAAAUCUCUUUCCCUCUGGUACACAAUUUGUCGGGGAUUGUAGAACAUCUGGUUUUCGUUGCAUUGAGAUGCAGGAAGAUAAGCCUUGGACAUUUCAGGUUCGUAUCACCUAAUUAAAGAAUUGAUUUUCCUAUACGUUUUUUUCAAUACAUGGUUAAUUUAUGCUAUAUAAUUUUCCAUAAUGGGCAGGUCGAUACAUAUGGGCUUUGUGUCAUUAUUCAUAUGAUGCUCCAUGGCUCUUACAUGAGCAUUGAAAAGAAGGGAAAUUCAGAUGGGGAUUAUACAUACCAGCCCAGAUCGUCUUUGAAAAGGUAUCAGAUGAGUUUUACUCUGUACUUCUAGACAAUGGUAUUCCCUACCGAAAUCAGUAACUGAAGGACUCCAUUUAUGUGUAACUUUACUCUUGCUUUACCUGAGACAUUUUUUUAUUCAUUUUUGAAGACUGUAUAUGAUGAUCACCCCUUUUUGCUACACUGAUUCGCUUCAAAACUUCAGGUACUGGAACGUGCCUCUGUGGGAGAAUCUCUUUUCCACACUGCUUAAUAGACGUUCGAAUGACAAUGAUGUGGCAGUGCUGCAAAGUUUGAGGAAGUCCUUUGAGGAUUUCAUGCUUCAGAGCCCUCAGCUUGUAAAAAAGCUGAAAGAAUUACUCGCCAAACAAAGGGCUUCAUUAUGUGCUGCCUAG